UAAGGCAUAUGACUGAGGAUGAUUCACAUGCAUCCAUGAUGAAUCUAUCCAUGUUGUGGUGGUGGUGGUGGGGGGGGGGGGAUGGACUUCGAUGGCGAUUGGAUUGACAAGCGAGACGAAAGUGGAUAUGGCUAUGGUGGUUCUGUAGAAGCGGGAUUGGAGUCCAGUUUGGUAAUCGACAAAACGAAGAAUGCGCUGAGCAGACAAGCUGACAAGACGAAGCAGGUGCUGACAAACCAGGCCAAAAAGACCAAAGUGGUGUUAAGCAGACAGGCCGACAAGAUUGUGCAGAGCGCCGACAAACAUGAAACCUUCAUCAACAAGGUUACAUACUCUGUUGGAGUGCUGGCCUUCGGAUUGUUCUUCUUCCUUCUCGGGGCGAGGCCCCAAGAUAUUCCAUAUAUGUAUUGCAUGUUUUUCAUAACUGUGAUCCCCUUGCGGUGGGUCUACUACCGCUCAAGAAAGUGGCACUACUUCCUCCUGGACUUCUGUUAUUAUGCCAACAUGAUAUUUAUGGUGAUGUUGCUUGGUUAUCCGCAAUGCGAGAAGCUAUUUAUGGUAUCAUUCGCGUUUGCGGAGGGCCCUCUUGCUUGGGCUAUAAUUGUCUGGAGAUGCAGUCUGGUAUUCAGCUCACUGGACAAGAUCAUCAGUGUUCUGAUUCACCUUCUCCCAGGCACUGUGUUUUUCAUUAUGCGGUGGUGGGAGCCUCUUGUGUCGGACGAUCUGCGGACUGAAACUCUGGGUCGACAUGGCGCAUGGCCGGUUAUCGAUGAGCAAUCAAUCUGGCUUUGGCUAUUUAUUGUGCCGCUUGCCGUCUACUGCAUCUGGCAAGCGCUUUAUCUAUUGAUUGUGGAAGUGAUGCGAAAACAGCGAUUUUUGGAUGACCCAGAAAUUCUGACAAGUUACAGGCAAGUUGCAACAAUGGCUUUGACGGUGCCUAUCUUCAAGUCCUACAAACUGCACUGCACGUUCCAGUUCUUCAAAGUUGCGGCUGCAAUCUGGAAUGGGGGAUCAUUUCUCUUUGAGGUAAUGCCAAAGCAAGUGAAGGCGAAGGAACAGAAGAGGGCAGGAGGUGUGGUGGGUCAAGCCGCUCAAGCGACGAAGCCGCGAGACAUGAAGUUGCAGCUUCUACAAAAGGAUGCGACUAUGACUUCGGACGCUUCGAGACCUGUUGCUCGACGUACUCCUUUUGGCCCCAUCAAUAACAGUCUUUUGCACAGACAGGUGAACCUCGUCGUCGAUGUAGGCAGUGGAGCCGCGGCAGGUGACGAGAACAGGGUUCAAGCCGCUUUGGGUGGCCUUCCAGAGCGCACGUAUUCAUAUGAUGACGAGGAGUCGCCCGAAGCGCCCUGUUCCGCAAAAGCGGACCGUGAGCGAACGGUUGAUCCUGCUGCAGGUAAGGGGGGGAACUACGGCGGUGGUGACACGGAUGAACAGGGUGGAAAUGACCCGCCUGCUCUCAGGACAAGCGAGGAAUGCGUGGAUGGUAGUAGUACAUUAGGUCAAGAAGAGACGCUGAACGCAGCACCUCUACAGCUCCAGUUUCAUAAGACGAGGAAUGUGGAGGACACAGACGGUUCCAGUUGCAUUCCAGGUUCAUGUCCGACGUACAGGCGGAAAGGAAGCUGCACUCCGGCAACGGGACCUGCUGCAGGCGUGGCUGCAAUGACUCAGUCUGGACCAAUGGCCUGUGCCAGGCUUGCUAUGUCGCGAUCAUCGCGCUUUCCUGUUCAGGAUGUGGAGUCCUCCGAGCCAGAGGAGCAAUGGUGUUACGAUCAUGCUUUCCUGUUUUGGAUAUGGAGCCCUCCGAGCUUGAGGAGCUAUGGUGUUGUGUUUCCAUGUCGAAGAGCGCAAACUGCGGUCCGGGGAGGGGAGGCGGCCGGUGUAAAGUUAUGUUAAGGUGGACGGAUGAUGGGGGGGUGGAAUGGUACCAAGGACGUUCCGAGGACUAUUGUGAGGCUGGACCCAGCAGUUUUGGAGUGUGAAGGGUUUGGCACAUAUGUACAGUCAUAAAAGCCAGCGCCUAAUGAGAAGCGGGUCAUCAAGCCCCGACAUACUUUAAGAGGGGGGGAGGGGUUGGGCAUGGGGGUUUUGAGAAGAGAGGGGGGGGGGUAGCAUGGAGGGGAAGACUGGAGGUGGGUGGGAGAGGUGCCAGGUACGGCAGAAGGGAGAGGUCAUUCUAGACGCACGAGGGUUUAUUGCCGAUAAAUGCGUGGACAGACG